AUUGUGUUUUAUCCGUUACAUCGUCGCCGUUGCAUUCGAUUCCGACGACCGAAAGGAAAUCUUUUUACGAAAUACGAAAUACGAAACUUAUUUCUCUCGCUUUCACCGCGUCGUUAUUGUGCUUUGUCUCUCUCUCUCUCUCUCUCUCUUUUUCUCUUGUUCGUUCGCUCGCUCGCUCGUUCGCUGGCUUGCUCUCCCUUUACCUCCCUCCUCUCUCUCUCUCUCUCUUUUUCUUUCUUUCUUUCUUUCUUUCUUUCUUUCUCUCUUUCUCUCUCUCUCUUUCUUUCUUUCUCUUUCUCACUCUCACUACCGUAUUUUGUUUUCUUUGCUUUUUCUUUUUUUCCACUCUUCUUUACACACAACGUAUACGCCGUGUAUAUUCACUCAUCGCGUAUAUUAUUCGGUGUUCCUUUCUUUUCCCCAUAUUAUCCCUUUUGUUCUUCGAUACAAUAAUACAAAUAACGUGUGAGACGAAGGGCAGUGCAGAAGAGACAAAGAAGAGAGAAAAAGAAAGACGGAGAGAGAGAAAGAAAAAAGAGGGAGAGAGAGAGAAAAGAAAAGAAAAGAAAAGAAGAUCGUGGUGCUGCCAGAAAUUGAGUGAGCGUGCAAGAGAAAAGGAAAGAGGAUUCGUCCACUUAACCUACCUAGACAACACAAAAGUUUUCUUCCACCCCCGACGUGUGUUACAUAUUCGAACGAGACUGUUAGUAGUGUUUUCCUCUCAACAAUGAAAACUCGACAACGAGUCGAUUGAAAUCCGUCGUGUUUAUGUGAAAUCACCGAAACUGCUGCUACUGCUACUGCUAUUGCUAUUGCUACUGCUACUGUUACUACUAUUGCUGCUGCUGCUGCUGCUGCUGCUGCUGUUGCUGCUGCUGCUAAAUUUUGAAGUUACCGACCGAGGAGGUGAAAGAGGAAGAGGAAGGAAAGAAGGAGUGUGUUCCUACUGUUUUCGUGUGACAGAAAAAGAGAGAGAAAGAAAGAAACAAUAUAUCUUCGAUCGUUACCCUCUUAGCUAAGCUAGCUAGCUAGGAGAUUGCUAAGCUAGGUAGCUAGCUGCUAGGUACCACCUAAACGCCUAUUUGCUUGGUCAUUCUUGGAAAAAGGAGGUCGAAAACUUGACUGUUUUUCUUUUCUCCCCAUUUUUUUCUUCUCCUUUUUUUCUUUUCUCCCCAUGGAAGAUGAAUCCUGAAGGAAGAUGUAGGCCCUAAAGAAAAGGCCAGAGAUCGCAUCGACGUCGCCAUUCGUCGGGAUCGACGAGACACAAACAACGUCGAGGUAGUUAACCUAAAGAGAGUGAGAGAGGAAAAAGAAAGAAAGAAGAUACCUUGAAGAACAAGAGAGAGAGAGAGAGAGAGAGAAAAAGAGAGAGAGAGAUAGAGAUAGAAGGUAAAGAAGAAACGACAUCGUCUUCGUCGUCGUAACGGUUAGAAGAGAUCGCCGUGGUGUUCCUCUCCUUCUUCUUCUUCAUGGCCGUUGCGACGAGGAGCUUUCGGAGGAGUGCGUUUGAGAAGCCCCGAAAUAGAGAGGUCUAUUAAUAGUUCGCGAUAUCUUCUUCUUCUCUUCUUCUUCUUCUUCUUCUUCGUCGUCUUCUCCUUCUUCUUCUUCUUCUUCUUCUGGAUGCGUCUCGUGUGAACUUGAAGAAAUACUGGAACGCAGUGUGUGGUCUUCUAUAGGAACAAAUAUCCGUCUAAUCGAAGGAGACGUGGCUGCUCGAAGACCACGAUGGAAGGAUUUUGAAGGAAGACGGAAAUAAAACAAAACAAAAAAAAAUGAAGACACUCUCUCUCUCUUUUAUGAAAUUGAAGAUUAGAAGAAGUUCCGAAGAUGGUUGUGUUGGAUUGUUUAGAAAAAAAAGGAGAACGUGAUUCUUGUUUGUAAAACACUUACGAUUACCGAUCGAGCGGUAUUUUGAGUUGGAAGGAAAAAAAAGAGGGGUUGGAGGGAUAUUAUUCCGUGGAAAUUCUCAUUCGAGUUUAAAUUUAAAACGUAGAUCGUUGCCACGUCAAAUGCCUGCAGACAAUGAUGGAUCAUACGCAGGACACUUUGAGAAACGGGCAGUGGUGGAGAUGAAAGUGGACUAUCGCGAAGAAAAUAUUCGCGAUAACGAACAAACAACUUUGGUAUCGAUCGAUGAUUCUCCUAUGAAAUCAUUGGAGGAGGCGGUGGUACCGGUGGAAGAACGACAGCACACAAGGAAUACUAGAAGAGGGAGAUAGAACGAUGUUACGAGUAAUAGUAAUAGUAAUAUUAGUGUCGACGAUGAUGACGAUGACAAUGGUCAUUAAUACGUGACACACAGUGCCGGUUCUCGCGUGUGGGUGUACCCGCGGGUUAACGUGUGCAACCGUGAUCAGUGAAGAGAGCAUAGAUAUAUAUAUACAUAAAUAUAUAUAUAUAAAAAUAUAAAAAGAAAGGCAGAGAAAAGAAGAAGAGUGUAAAAUCGGACAUACAGUGAGUGAAACAAACGACAAAAAGAAAGUAAUUGUUGAAGAAGAAAAGAAAAAAAAGAAAGAAAAAAGUUAUAAUAGUAAUUAUAAUAAUAAUAAUAAUAAUAAUAAUAAUAAUAUUAAUAAUAAUAAUAAUAAUAAUAGUAAUAAUAAUAGUAAUAAUAGUAAUAAUAAUAAUAAUAAAUAGUAAUAGUAAUAAUAAUAAUAAAAUAAUAAUAAUAAAAUAAUAAUAAUAAUAAUAAUAAAAUAAAAUAAAAUAAUUACGACCGAAGGGUUUGUUCGAUGUGAAAUAAAGUUAAAUAGUAAAAGACGUGCUGUAGUAGUAGGGGUAAUGCAAUGGAGUAGCGUGUGUGGGUUUUAAAAAGUGGAAAAUCAACAAAAAAUUAAAAAAAGGGGGAAGAAGAAGAAAAAAAAAUAGAAAAAAAUCUUUCGUACCUUCUUCUUCUUCUUCUUCUUCUUUUUCUUCUUCUUCUUUUUCUUCUUCUUCGUCUUCUUCUUCUUCGUGCAUACGUGUGGGGGGGUGGGUGUACGCAUACAUAUGUAUAAUACGUGCGCGUAUAAGUGCGUGAUCGCGCGCGUACACGUACAUAAUUUUCACUCGAGACUUAAACGGUGAAUUAUACUACCACUUCGCUCAAAGAGAAUCAGCCGACACUCGUGGGGGAAAUUCGAGGAGAUCCGGCGGCCUGCCUUCGACAGCUGACGUCAUUACUGUACACAAUGCGCUAGGGGUGAUGGAGACAGUGGGCAAACAGGUCCAGGUAGUGAGUGGACUGGGGGUGGGGGGCCCAGUGGGCCCGGUCGGCCCAGUGGGGGGAGACCUGCACCACCAUCACCAUCCUCACCCCCAUUCGCAUCCACCGCACCCGCACUCCCACCCCCACGGUCAUCCCCAUGGGAGUCACGGGCAUUCUCUCGUUGGCGCUACGUCGACGGGCCCUGGUAGGGCUCAGGCUCAGCCAGCGGUCUCGCAUAACCAACAUUUGCCAUCGAGAUCCACUCCCGUACAAAUGCACAGGCCGACGCAGAAUUACGUGAACAUCAAGAGCAGCAGUAGUCCAGUAUCACCGAGGACGGCCGGUGCAGGAACAACGUAUGUCCAAGGCGGUGCAGCAGCAGCAUCGUCGGCGGCUGCUGCAACGGGAGGAAGCGGUGCCACGAGCUCGGCUGCGGCGUCAGGUCCAUCGAAUAGCAGCAAUAACAGCGGCGGCGUUGGCGUCGGCGUUGGCGUCGGUGUCGGUGGCGUCGGCGUCGGCGGCGUCGGCGUUGGCAGCGUCGGCGUCGGCGUCGUUAACGUUGGCGGUGGUGGUGGUGGCGGCGGUGGUGGCAGCACCGUCAGCGCUGGAGUGGGAGGAGUGAGCGUGGUAGCGCCGCCUGUGGUGGGAAGUGGAAACAACGGGAAUGGCGGCAACUGUACUGGUGGUGGCGGAGGAGGAGGAGGUACUGGAGGUGGUGGUGUUGUCAACAGCAACAACAACGGUGGAAAUGUCAGUGGUGGCGGGAGUGGUGGAUCAGGGUCCAGCGGAAAUCCAAAUGGUAGUGGUGGAGGUGGCGGCGUUGGCGGUGGCGGUGGCGGUGGCGGUGGCGGUACUGGUGGUGGUGGUGGUGGCGGCGGCGGUGGCGGCGGUGGCGGUGCACCGAUCGGUUACGUCGCUGUACCAAUACCAGGUGGUUUACGAUACAUCCAUCCUUAUCCACAAACUUCAUCGACGGUAUCAUCUGGCUCGGUAGCAUCAUCGUUUUCAGCAGCCGUAGCUGCGGUGGUCGCUAACUCGAGCCCAGCAGUAGCUGCCACGGUCACUGUUGCCGCCGCGGCUGCUAUCGCUGCCGGAUCUGUACCGCCCACCUCUGUACCCGCCACUGCAUCUCCCGCUAGCAUCAGUCAAACACCACCGCCUCCUACGGGAACCGGAUAUGUUUCCAGGGACGCCUAUCGCGGCGCCACUAUAAACGUGAACGAGAGGAUUGCUACAAGCGUGAGCAGUAGUCCAUUAUCACAAGUUGGAAUCGGUGUUGGUGUAGUUGCUGCCGAAUAUGGAGCCGCGGGUGGUAGUAUAAAUAGCGGUAUGGGAAGUGGUAGAGGAGAAAGACCGAGGAUGUCCCUGUUGUCAUCGGCAUCGGUUGCACCCGCACCAUCGCCAACUGCGGCAUCGGAUUAUCAGCACAUGCCAGGUGCGAGGAAUCCAAGAGUAGGCCUUAUACCUGUCCAAUCGGAUCAGUAUUGUAGCCGUACUGCCGUUGAGAUGGCAACGUUACAAGAGGCGCCGCCAUUUAAAAAGAUACGCCUUGGCCCACCAACACAGGUUCAGAUACAAUCGCAAUCACAGUCACGAUGUCAGAGUCUUCCACCGGCUGAUGCUUGCAUCAAACAAGAACAUGUAGUACCCUUGCAACAACCAUUAAGGAUAGACACUAGGCCUGCCACAGGUGCUUAUACACCUCAAACAGAGGCAAUCUCACCAACGCUUCCAGAGCCCAAUACGCAAGAAGAUGCACAGUUCCGAAGUACCAAGGACGAUCUUUUACAGCAGAUCGGUAAAGUCGAUAGGGAGAUUGCCAAGAGGGAAUCUCAGAUCAGUAAGCUUCGGAAAAAGCUUAAGGAAUUGGAGGAAACGGCGAAUAAACCUUUGGAGGCCAGUGGUCUUAAGCGGCAAAUCGAAGAACAGUCGCAACAACCAAAGCAUCAGUCAUUGGCGCAAAAAAUUUAUGCGGAGAAUAGAAGAAAAGCGGAAGAAGCGCAUAGACUUUUAGAAAGAUUGGGUCCUAAGGUGGAGCUGCCAUUAUAUAAUCAGCCAUCGGAUACUAGUGUAUAUCAAGAAAAUCGUACGAGGCAUCAAACGUGUAUGAGGGCGAAAUUAAUAGCAAGAUUACGAAGGGAGCAUGCCGAGAGAGCGUCUCUUCACAGGCAGCAGUCUCAAUCUUAUGCGAUUCUCGUUCAGGAAUGGCAUCGUAAGGUUGAACGGUUAGAAGCAACUCAAAAAAGAAAAUCGAAAGAAGCGAAGAACCGUGAAUUUUUCGAAAAGGUAUUCCCUGAAUUGAGAAAGCAAAGAGAAGACAAGGAACGUUUCAACAGGGUUGGCGCUCGUAUUAAGAGCGAAGCCGAUCUUGAAGAAAUAAUGGAUGGUCUUCAAGAGCAAGAGAUGGAAGACAAGAAGAUGCGUUCGUACGCGGUCAUACCACCUCUACUUUUGGAUACUAAACAACGAAGGAUCGCAUUUCAAAAUCGUAAUGGUUUACUCCAAUUAGAAGAAUUGGAAGCUUUACAUAGUGAAAGAAAAUUGAUAAACGUUUGGAGUUCGGUAGAGCAUGAACUGUUCAAAGAAAAGUACUUGCAGCAUCCGAAAAAUUUCGGUGCGAUAGCUCAGUCUUUAGAACACAAGUCCGUUCCAGAUUGUGUACAUCACUACUACCUCACUAAGAAAGCUGAAAAUUAUAAACGGUUGCUACGGAGAUCUAGACAAAGGACACGCAGUUCCCGUAACAAUCCUAAUAAUAAGGUUAAUAAUAGUAAUUCUACUAUUGGACCUAUCGACAUAUUGACAACGGGAGUUACCACAAGGCUGCAACGUGAGCAGCAACAAAAGACGCAGGAAAAUCCUCAGAAUAAUAAUACGACAGCAGCGGCUACGACGACUACGACGACGACGACGACAACAACAACAACAACGUCUACGACAACAACGACGACGACGUCAUCUUCGACGUCGAGUAUAUCGACUGGUACAACGACGUCGUCGUCGUCGACGAAUACGUCGUCGUCGUCAUCGUCGUCGGCAUCGUCAUCGACGGCGGUAACGACAACAGCGACAGCAACGGUGGCGACGACAACGUCGACGACGACGACGACAGGUGCGGGUCAAAGUUCAGUGACCUUGAGUACGAAUAUGUCUACCGAUUCUAUCGCGACAGUAACGACAACGUUAACCACCGCAACGACGACGACGACUUCGACAGCGACGACGUCAACGACCACUUCGUUAAAUUCAAUCCUUAUGUCGAUUUUCUCAUCCUCGUCAUCAUCGACGACAUCGACCAGUACAAAGGAUACAAAAGAGAUCGGCAAAGAGAACAAAGAGAACAAAGGAGGGGAUAACAAAGAUUCCCAUAUCGUUAAAAUGGAAAUAAAAGAAGAAUCACAGUCUAGUUCGGAAACACCAUCGAAUAAGGAUGUCAAAGUCAUAAUGGAAGGUAAAAACACGUUGUCGUCGUCGUCAUCGUCCUCGUUAAACGUCAACACCGCUAAUGUACCUGGCAUGCAGACCGAAUUCAAAGAUACGGGUAAAAAGAAAACGAGUUGUAGUAGAGAGACCACCGGUGGUAGCGGUGGUGGUGGUAAUAACGCGGCAGCUACUAGUAGGAUUAAGGAUAAAAAGAAGGAGAAUCAUGCCACCCCAAUGGAGACCAGUGACGAAGAAGCACAAUCCAUUGAUACUAUUGAAGGUGGCAGACAGAUCGGACCUCAUGCUUGUGCAAUUUGUCAAAAUGUGGUAGAAGGAAAUGCUCAAAGUCGUGCAUUACCACGCAGUCAAGCAUCCCAAUAUGGUUUAAGGGAGGAUCAAGUGACACCAGGAGCACGAGUUUGCAACACCUGCAGGUGCAAAGCUGUACGAGGACGUUACACAGCUUGUCCCCUACCGGGUUGUCCUAAUCUCAAUAAUACCAGUUCCAAGACACGAGUGAAACGAUUACGUGCACUUCCAGCCAAAUGGCUCGAUUUGCCAUCUGAAAUUAGAGAACCCAUUAUUCAAGAAUUUCAGAUACCCAACAGCGCUACCAAGUGUUGUUCGGCUUGUUUCAAUCGGAUAUCACGACGUUUGGCACCACAUUUGGCAGGUGGUACCGAAAUCUCCGAAGAUGGGACCGAUUUGUUGGCAAGACAAUGGACGGAUGAGGAAUUGGAUCAAUUGAAGAGAGCUUUGCGCGAACACGGUACUAAUUGGCCAAAAGUGGCCGAACAAAUCCCUGGAAAGACGAAUCACCAGUGCAAAAAUUAUUAUUUUGCUUAUCGGAAAAAGUUGAGCUUGGAUCAGGUUGUAGCCGAAUAUUAUCAAUCAUUGGGUGAAGAACGAAGACCUUGUCUGACCGACGAGGAAGAAAGUGGUAGCAGUACGAGUAGUUGCGAUGAAUUAGCCGUGCAUGAUUCAAGCGACACAGCAAGUGCUGGAAGUCCGGCUAAUAAUAUAUCAGGCAAUACAAGUGCACAAACCACAUCUUCGGGAUCAGCCUCAUUACCCAUAACCUUUUCACGAUCAACGGAUCCAAAAAUUGGUGAUAAACUCGCAGACAUAGCAGUCGUUUCUUUGGUACCACCAGUGAGCAUUGGAUCAUCUCAACAAUCCUCGGUCAGUGGUGGUGGUAAUGGUACUAUCGUAUCAGCGGGCAAUAGAGAAGAUUACGAUAGUUCUGCCACGGAGACGGCGGACGAAGGUCAGGGAGGUGCUGAUUUGGACAAUAAUAGUGUCGUAGUGACGCUUACUACUGCCAGCAAUACCAAUUCUUCGUUGCAACAACAUCCGCAAGCACCACCCGUCGUACAUUCGCCACCUUCGACUACGAGUAACAAUCCUCUAACCGUUAAAGAUCUCAUGUUAGGCGUCAUUGAAAUGCAGUUAAAACGAAAUCCCAAUAGUCCAGCCGGUACUGGUGGUCUAUCCGUACCCGUUAAUUCCGGUACACCGACGAUAUCGAGUAUAUUAAAGACGGAUCAUCGGAACGAUAUUACCUUUGUACGCGAAUACAAGCCAUCGUCGAGUAUCGCAAGUACUGCCAUGUCGAACAGAGACUCUAAUUUAGCGACACUCUCCGUUGUUUCGAGUCAUCACAGUCAUCGUUCUGCACCCAGUCCUCAACAAAUCAGUCAAAUGCAAGCAACUAUCACUCCUUGUCCUCCAACAACGCUUAGUAAUCAAAGUUCAUCGUCGGAUUUGUUACCUAAGGAAGGCCUAGUCGUGAUGCAGGUACAACAGGCAUUACGUGAGACCGAGGGUACCCUGGAUUUGAGUAUUAAGAAGCCAAGACAACAGCAAGAAUACAAUCAUUCGAUGCAAACGAUUCACAAACCGUCGACGGUAACUCUGUAUCGUUCGGAACCACCACCGGGUGCUUAUUAUCAUCCUCAUGCUCACCCCGAACAAGGACGUGGAGCUAAGAGCCCAUUGAUUUAUGGUUCGUCGCCGAGACCUCAAGCUCCUUUAACACCGAAGAUGAAUAAAGUAUCUGUACCGCCGCCUCAUCCGAAAUUGUCACCAAAGUUAGGUAACAUCGGUACGGCCACUCACAAAGGUGGAUCCAUAACUCACGGUACACCAGUGUCGAGUGCUCGUUACGAAGGUUUGCUCAGACAAAUGACACCUCCAGGUAACCCGAGUGGCGGUGUCGGUACUACGAGCGGACCUACCGGUGGUAGUUCGGUGAAUACGUCGGGAAAUCAAGGUCCGAAAGACGCUGGUUCCAUAACCCAGGGCACGCCGGUUCAUCCGUUCACCGUAGAAAAACGUCCGCCUAUGUACGACUACCGUACGAUUCGACACUCACCUGUGACCACUGGUAACGUUCCUGGACAAGGUCAAGGCCAAUCGGUCACAGCCGCAGUAGUGGUCACUCAUAGCAAUCAAUAUAACUCGUAUUCGAGUCGACCACCGCCUAGCUACACGAUGGAACAGCAAUUGUCCUCGAGGCAGAUUAUCAUGAACGAUUACAUAACCAGCCAACAAAUGCACGCUCGUAGCCGUGGCAGCGGUGGUACCUCGGAAACCGCCGCUAAAAACGAGGCACCCUCGACCCUUUAUUAUACCGGCACUCCACCACCUCAAACGCACACUCAACCUCGUCAAGGAGUUAUCCAAAGGCAUAAUCCGCAAAAGCAAAUACAUUAUCCACCUCCGCCGCCAGGAUUAGAGGCCUUCUCCAGUCUGGUAGAUGUCGCGGUACAACAACCGAGUCUUCCAGUUCCACAUCCCCAUAGUCACCCUGCCUCGAGUAGCGGUGGCCACGAAGGAUUAGGGAAAACGAUGGCGGAUAGAUUGCUAGCCGACCGUUACGUCGAUAACAACAGAGCGUUCCGCGAACAAGAGAUACGUUUGCAGGAGCACCGUUUGGUGAUGCAACAGCAACAGGCUGAACAUAGAAUGGCCGUUGCGCAUCACCAUCAGCGUGACAGAGAGAGGGAACGCGAUUUGGUACAUUUGCGAGAGAAGGAAGAGCACAGGUUGCAAAGGGAAAAGGAGUAUCAACAGUUGGAACACCGUUUGGCUGUUCAGCAACAUCAUCAGCGUGAGAAGGAGAUUCAGCAGCAGGAGCACCGUUUGGCACAGCAACGAGAGAAGGACAUACAGCACGUCGAUCAUAGACUCUCGGCACAACAAAGGGAGAAGGAGAUACAACACGCCGAGCAUCGUAUGACAGUUCAUCAGCAAAGGGAGAAGGAGAUUCAUCAGCAGAUGGCAGCGGCUGCAGCUCAGCGAGAGAAGGAACAUCAGGAACAUCGUUUGAAUGUGCAGCAACGAGAGAAGGAAAUACAACAACAGCAAGAGCAAAGGCUCGCGAUGCAGCAACAACGAGAGAAGGAAAUUCAACAGCAACAGCAGCAACACGCGGAACAUCGUCUAGCCAUGCAACAACAAAGAGAACGAGAUUUGGCUCAUCUGCAUCAACAACAGCAACAGCAGCAACAUAUACAACAGCAUAUUCAACAGCAGCAUCGCAUGGAAGCCGAGAGACGACACAUGGCGCAAUUGUAUCGCGACCAACAGCAACAGCAACAACAACAAUUGGACAGGGAAUCCUCGAGAUUGCUAAGCAGUGGAUUUUCUCAAUCUUCGAGACUUCAACAACCGCAGCAACCGCAGGCCCAACAACAGUCGCAAUCGUCGUCCCGUCAAAAUCAAUCCUCGAAUCAGCAGCAAAACGAAACUUCGUCGACUUUGACAGCAGCUAGCUUGAUAGAUGCCAUUAUAACACAUCAGAUUAAUCAAAGCGUAGAAAACGCUGGAGGUAGUGCAGCAUCGAAUAAUCAACCCACGCGACCAGGCGAUCGACUGUUCCAAGAAUUCCAUCUGGACACGCCGGCAGAACCUAACGGUAUGGUACACAGUCCAGCCGGAGAAGGAAGAGGAAACAGUGGAGCAGGUGGUGGGAGCGGCAAUGGAAGUGGAAACAAGGCUAUUACUCUAGGGGAACACGUCGAUCACAUCGUAACUAAGGAUUACGGACCUCCCCAUUCGUCGUAUAGAUCUUAUACCGGAGUCUCUGUACGGUUUCCCUCGUACGAUAGAUAUCAGAUUUCGGAGGAACAAUGGAAAAGGCGGAAAGGAAACGAAGCGGACUCUGUGAAGGCUGCUGACGACCGACAGAUAAUCCGAGUUGCUCAACAACAGUCGCAGCAGCAACAGCAGCAGCAACAGCAACAACAGCAACAGCAACAGCAACAGCAGCAGCAGCAACAACAGCAGCAGCAACAGCAGCAUCAGCAAUCCUCAUCCUCCGUGGGCAAACAACAAUUCCAUUCCGUCGAACCGGUCUCUCCUCCGGAAGCCAACACUAAUCAUUACGGGCGUCGCUUCUACGAAACGAGCACUGCCACCUCGACUUCCGGGACACCCUCAAACAAGCCACAUCUAUCACCACUGGAUUACGUUAAGAAUAAAAUCGUGGAGGUGAUGCGUACGUCCGAAGAUGAUAAAGCUGGAUCGGCAGGAACAGGAGGAGGGGAAAGAAACGGAGGAGGAGGAAGUGGUGCCAGUUCGGGUGGUGCCGUUGGUGCUGCUGGAGGUUCUACCGGUGGUGGAGGUGGUGGUGGUGGUGGUGGUACUGGUGGUAUAGUAGGUGGUACUCCUGGAGGAGUUGUUAACAGCGGCGCUGCUGGUGGUGGUGGUGGUAGUAACAGUGGUAAUAGUGCCAGUGGUAGUGUCGUUACUGGUAAUAACGCUGGUUCUGGUCCUGGUAACUCAUCGGCUGUUGAAAAGGACGAAAAAUCAAAUAUAAACGUCGAUAGUCCUGCUAACAGCGAAAUGAUAGUCGACGAAACACCUAAACAAGCUCAACAACAAUCUGCUAACCAAGCUACCCCAGCUCCACCAGCUCCCACUACUACUUUCUAUCCAUUCAGUGCAUUAGGUGUGCACACAGGACCACCUCCGGCGCCUCCACCUCCCACCUCGGUCUCAGCGGCCGUUUCCAAAUCCGAACAGAUGCAACCGGAACCAGCACCUUUGCUUUCCGCUCAAUACGAGCCACUUUCGGACGAGGAUUGAUAGUCUGUUGAUCCUUUAGUUAAGGGCAAGUCGAAGCGCCAUGACGCGUUUACUAGGAUAUUUCAACAGUGUCGUACGUUUCGACGAGUACGAAUUGGAUAGUAAAACAAGAAACAGGUGUUGAUAAAUGAUAUAUAUAUAUAUACAUAUAUAUAUAUAUUAUAUAUUAUAUAUAUACAUACACUGUCGGACGAUAGACGUUACGUCUUUUUCUUCUUAUUUUUUAUUUGUUUCUUUCCUUUUUUUCCUUUUAAAUCUACUUUCAUCUCAAAAUCACGCGUGAUGUCUCAACAACGACUGUCCUUUUUGUUUUCAUUCCUUUCCUUUCUUUCUUUUGAUUUUUAUUUUCAUUUCACGUAGUCCUAUUUUUUCAUUCUUCUUCUUCUUUUUUCUUAUUAUUUUUUUUUUUUUAAAUACAGAUUUCAAAUGUAUACUUUGUAGUGAAAUGACAAACCCAGGGGCGCCUUUUAAAUUGGGGGAAGAAACUUAGGCGUGUCAUUUUUAUAAAUUCUACUAUGUAAUAUUAUUGUAAUUUUUUUUGUUUUUUUUUUUGUUUUUGUUUUAAUUCGAACGUCAUUCCCAAUGCGGUCCACUGGUGCUGCCAGUGUUACGCUGUUGUUGUUGCUGGUGGUCGCAAAUGCUCAAAAAUAGUGAACGGUUUUUUUUUUAUACUUGAUUUUCCUCCACUUCUUUUUCUUAACACAACCAUCUCAUCCCUCCCCUCACACCUGUCUUCUCCCACAUGAUUUCGUUCUACGUCUUUGUUAUAUCAAGAAAUAUAUCGUUUGUCGAAAGAUCUCGAUCAAUUUUUAAAGAAAUAAAUAGAUUAAUUUUUUUUUGUC